AUGGCUGGGGUCGUUGCUAUGGCGUCUGUCAUGGAAGAUUUUGAGGUUCAGCCAUGCAAAAAACCUAGAAAAGAGGAUGACCUGCCAGCAGUCAAGACAAUCACCAACUACUUCAUGCCUGUACCUAAGGCCGUGGAGAAAUCCUUCUCUCCCACUCGGUCUAACAACAUUAUGGAUUACUUCAGGAAAACCCCACCAGCCCCUGAGAAAAACGGUUCCCCACAAUCAUCAAAGGAAAAUUGCCUCGUCCAAUCAGACACACCUAACCGCCUGGAAAAGUCUGUGAGGAACAGAAGGACUCAGCGUCAAGAACGGGGAAGAAAGUCUAAAGGGAGUUGCAGACGUUUAGAGGGGGGAGAUGCAGCGGAGAUCACAGACGACGUUAUUGUGAUAGAAAAUUCAGAUGAGGCCAAGACAGUAGGCAGUUCCACAACGCUUGGGAGCGACACUGCAGCUUUACUGGCUGAAAUCAGUGGUGACAUGUGUAUGGACAACAGGGAAACCACCACAGAGACCAGCUCAGAUGAUGGCAAGGUCAAAAACAGGCUCUUGUCAAGGCAACAACAGAACAAAGUGGAUACGAGUCCUCAGUGUAGCACGGCUUCAGAGGAGAAGCCUAGGAAAGAGAAAUCUGCUGUGAAGAAAGGCAGGAAAGGAAAAGGCAGUCAGCAGGAGCCAGGGACGAGUAUUCCUGAGGAUCAGCCGUCGGAGCAGUCUCUGUGCAACGCCAGCCUGGAGGUGAACGUGGAUGAGACUUCUCAGCUGAACUCCAGCACUGUUACAGUUUCUUUUGAGGACUUCUUACUGAGUCAGAGUCAAGAGGAGGCCGGCGCAGUCACGCCUGAACCAGCUGGUUGCACCGACGCAGACACGUUCAACGCUGCCGGACCCGGUGAGGAUGGGAGGGGCGUGGAUCCACCUGCCCUGCAAGUGUCUCCACGAACCCUCACUAUUCAAGCGGAGGUGCAUCCCAUUUCCCCAGGCCGCGAGUCAGCCGGCAUGGUGGACUUAAGAGUGGCUUCCAUUUUCACCAGGAACAGGAAAGACAGAAAAACAGCAGAGAGAAAGCCGGCGUCAUGUACGCAGCCUCAGGCGAGUCCAGACCUGGUGCUUGACCCCAAGAGGAAAUCCAAUGUGGUGCUGCAGGAGACGGACUUGGAGCUGGACGUGGUCGAGUCCAGCUCCGCCCCCAAAUGCAGCCAGGCCGAGAGGAUGCAGUUCAUGAACGCGUUCAAGCAGCCAAGCCUGGACGGAAGCAAAGGCAAAGCCAGCAAGAGCCAGGGGAGGCAGAAACAGGCCCCGGAGAAAACUGCCGAGACGGGAGAGAACGAGCCAGGCUGCCAGGGCGCUCAGAUAAAAAAUAAUCCCACCUCCUCCUCAGAGCAGGAGGGCGAGCAGAAAAACACUACAGGUAAAAGACGGAAAACAGUCAGAAAGUCCAGCAGGAAGGCAGAGGAAAGUGUUAGUGAAGAAGUACAGGACCCAGCAUCAGAGACGGAAAAUCUGGCUCCGUCUAAAGAGGCUGACACUGUCUGUGGUUCUGCCGAUGGUCUCAGUUCUCCAUCGGGCAGAGAGCUCAGGAGAUCCACCAGAGAGCUGUCACGCAGACAGGCGUUGUCUACGCCUGAAACAAACACUUCAUCCCCGAAGACAGACGUUGAGGAGAAACUCAAAGAGUCAGCUGGAGCAAAGGAUGUUCCUGUUUUGUUGUCCACUCCUAAAACGCACAGGUCCAAAAAAGGCAUGUACAGUGCAGAAAUACUGAGCCCCUUGGACGUUAAAGGCAGUCCCAUCAGAAUGAAGUUCACCAGAGUGUUUCCAACUUCUGCAACUAAAUCUGGAGACUAUGAGAUAUCUAGUCCGUUACCCACGCAGGGAUCAUACGCUUCCAAGAAAAGGAAACAAGCGAAGAAGCUGGUGGAGAAAGCCAAGGCCAUUCAGAACAGUAAGCAGUCUGCAGCGGAGGAGAGGACUCCCCUGAGGCGCUCUCUGAGACGUCAGGACUCUGUCAGAAAGAUUUACUGUGAGGAUGAGGAUUCAGUAGUGUUCCUGGAGGAAGCACAAAGCAACACUCCUCAGUCCCCCUCAGCUCUGGACAAGGGGAAAAGUCCGAAACCACUUCGCAGUUUGAAUGAAGUUUUAGGAAAGAACACUCCCCUACAGAAGGCAGCUAAGAAUCCUGCAGCUUCCAAAGUUGCGCCCUUGUUUGGGGAAAAGAAAGGCCAGCGGCCAUCUACCGUUAUCUCCAUAUUUGAUGACAACAGCCGCGAGGGCUCUGAAAACUCCCAGGACGAUGAGCAGUUCCGGGCCAAACGGGACUUCCUAAAGAGCGGCCUGCCGGAGUCUUUCAAAAAGCAGAUCGCCAAGACGGCCGCCAGCCGAGAGGCAUACUCAGCCUCGUGUGCCUCCUUCCAGACAGUGGUCCACGUACUGCAACCGCCCGCCGAUUGCUCUUUGUGGAGUCUCGCGUGGCCCGGCAGCUCCCGGCUGAGCACUCUAAAGGAGUCGUGGCAUUUACCGUCCACGCCCCUGCCGCACGUAAAGCCUCUGGCCGUCGCCAACACGGUGCCAGCACAGAGGAGGCUCAGAGAGAGGGUAUCUGGCUGGCGGGAGGAUUUCUCGGAGCCUGUGCGACAGAGUCUUCUGGAGGAGAUUAACACGUCCAAUCCCUCGUUCCCUGUCUGCAGAAUCUUCCCCCAGCUAAUGAAGAGACGCGCAGAGCAGACUGCCCAGGCCGCUGCUCCAGAGACGGGCUGUGUCUCCGGGCCGCCCCGUCAGCCCGCCGAACCCGAACCUGUGGGAGGUAAGAGAAAACGUGUGGAUGAAGGCGAGGGAAGACAGAAGGUGGCCAAGAAACAGAGGUCCGGCCAAUCGGAGGACGACGUCAUCACGAUCGCGGACAGCCCUCCUGCGCAGGAGACCCCUGACUCCGAACCUCCCAAGAGGGGCCGCAGGAGCCGCUCCCUCAGGCAUAAGGAGCAGGCUAAGCUAAGCCAGGCAGCUGUCACCUCCUCAAAGGACCCUCCCAUUGUUCUGGAUUCACCGGCCUCAGGAAACGAUGAUACAGAAGACGGAGCAAAAGAGGAUGUGCUGUGGACAGAGAAGUAUCAGCCACAACGCUCGGGCGACGUCGUUGGAAACACGGCGUCCGUGAGAAAACUGCACAGCUGGCUAAAGGAGUGGAAACUGAGGGCUGACCGGGAAGAGAGGAAAAAACAGCAAGAAAAAAGACGGGAGGGUGACGCCAACGACUCCUGGCACCCCGGCGAUUCGGACGAGGGGGCAGAGGAGGGGGAGGACCUGCUGUGUAACACGCUGCUCAUUACCGGACCCACCGGCGUGGGCAAGACGGCCGCCGUGUACGCCUGCGCGCAGGAGCUGGGCUUCAAGGUGUUUGAGGUGAACUCGGCGUCUCAGAGGAGCGGCCGUCAGAUCUUGUCACAGCUGAAGGAAGCCACCCAGUCUCACCAGGUGGACAUUCAGGGAGUCAACGCCCAUAAGCCCACCUACUUCAACAGUUACAACUACACCAGCAGCAGCGCACCCAGACCUGGCACCUCCCCGAGGAAGGUGAACUCUCCCAGGAGGGUUGUCUCGUCUCCCAGAAAAGCCCCUCACUCCCCUCGUGGCGCCACCUCCAGAAGAGGAGGUUUAGCUCCUACCUCUCUAGCCAGUUUCUUCAAAAUGGGCGGAAAGCCUACGGCAAAAGACGCAGGCAGUCAAGAGAAAAAGGCUCAAACAAAUUGUCCUAAGAAAUCUGCCAAAGAGACCAGCACUAAAAGCAAAGGGCCUGACGCACUGCCGUCGGGCUCCAGGGGCGGGGCAGAGGAGCAGAGUAAGAAGACGGCCACCUCCCUGAUUCUGUUUGAGGAGGUGGACGUCGUAUUCGACGACGACUCCGGGUUUCUGGCCGCCAUUAAAACCUUCAUGACCACGACCAAGAGGCCAGUGAUCCUCACUACCAGUGAUCCUACGUUUGGUGCUACAUUUGAUGGCAGUUUUGAGGAGAUCCAGUUUAAAACACCCUCAGUGAUGAAUAUUGCGAGUUACCUGCGGCUGAUAUGCCUUGCGGAGAACGUGAGGACAGACGGUCGGGAUGUGUCCUCACUGGUCAGCUGGAACAGGUGUGACAUUCGGAAGAGCCUCCUGCACCUGCAGUUUUGGGCCUGCAGUGGGGGGGCCCAGCUGUGCUCCCACCGUCCCGCGUCUCCAGCCUCGUGUACAGAUCCACAGACUCGGCCAGAGAGUGAAUGUGGUGUUGAAGACAGCUCUGUCCAUCAGACCGAUCGUUGUUCAGCUGGGGAACCAGUUUUGCCAGUAAGCCUUCCCAUCUGUGAUACUGGUGUCACGGAGAGCUGGCUGGGGUUUCUGAACAUCCAGCCAAAAGGGGGUGUACAACAUUUGUUCAAAUCUGACUCUACAGACGAGUUGGACUCCAUAAGGUGCGGGGAGAUGCUUGCUGAGACUCGGAGGAGAGGAGUGGAUCUGUUCUACUCAAACAUGGAGUCGUUGUUGCCCCUCCCGACCCGUCCUUUACCGCCGUCUGUCCUCAGGUCUCAGUCGGCGCCAAAGCCCAUCCCAGAGCCCUCGGAACAGUGCCUCGGUGCUCCUCACCUGGCAGAACCCAGUGAUGACGCGAGCCCCGUCAAAGUGUCGUCCGGGAUGAAACGGAAGAGACGCCUCUGCCUUGACAAAGAAGACCUGUUUCAGUCAGAUUCGGACUCGGGCGACGGUUUCCUCUCCCUUCCUAAACCCGGCGGCCUCCCCGCUCUCGGCGCUGACGCACAGCCCGAGGGGGAGCCACGCGCUGUCGACACGCCGCCUCCCGCGUCUCAGCCGGCUCCUGGGAGGAGGAGCAGGGGAGUUUUAUCUGCCGCAGAAAAGAAAAGAAGUGAACCCGUGUCGCGGUGCCUAAGCUCCAUGGCUGAAUUCCUGGACCAGAUGUCGUUUCUGGAUUCCUCGCUGCAAUACCGUCUCCAGCAGACAGAGGGCGCCUGCAGGCCACAUGACAUGGGCCGGACUGGGGCAGAAGUGAAGAGUGGGAUGACUGAUGAUGUCAGGCUGGACUGUGACGUUCACAGAGGGCGAGUGAGUGCUGAGGAGAUCCACACUGUGCUGGAGACUCUGAGUUUCAGGAGGUGCAGGGCUGGAGUGUCCGAGGCAUGGAGUCAUGUCCAGGAGCUGGAGGAGGAGCAGGUCAGACAGGAGGCAGUAGAGGAGGUGACCCUACCAGUUGCUGAUCACCGACAAGGCUUCAGUCUCACUGAGGACACACUCUGUGAGCCAAGGUUACUGGAGUCUCGCGGCGAGCUGACCGGUAGCGUGCUGAACAGCAGGGCUUUUGGCACUCUGGGAAACAGAGCGGCCUUGGUGCUAGACUACCUGCCCUGUCUGCGCACGAUUUGCAGGGCGGAGAGACAAAAGGAACAGGGCAAAACCAAACGCAGGUUCCUGCAUUACUUGGAUGGCAUUCACCUCGCGCUUCCCAGAGGAACCACACAGCUCCUGGCCUCCGACUUCCCUUGA